AUGAAUCAAGCUAGCAAGGUUGAUGUUUGUUUCCUCCAAGAAACAAAUAUUCCAGAUUUUGAUUUGAAUAAGGCUGAAGAUCUUUGGGGUGACAAGGACGUGGAGUGGACGCAUAUGAAUUCUAAUGGUGCUUGUGGUGGAUCGGUGAUUCUGUGGAGAAGGAAUUCCUUGAAGCUUAUUUUGAGUUUUAAAGGAGAGGGGUAUGUAGGAGUCAAGGUUCAACACAGAGGUACUUUUAUUAAUUUCAUAAAUGUUUAUGCUCCUUGCAAUUCUGGAUCGAGAAGAGAGGUUUGGAGAUCUUUGAUCAAGCUGAAGAAGAAGGUUGUGGGCGAGGAGUGGUGCAUAGGUGGAGACUUUAAUUCAACGUUAUUCAAGGAGGAAAGAAUAGGAAUCAGUAGUGGUAGAAGUGGUAGGGAGAGUGCAAAUUUCAUGAACUUUGUGGAAGAGAUGAAGAUUAUAGAUUUACCUAGUGUAGGAGGGCGUUUCACCUGGUUCAGCGGCAAUGGUCAAGCUAUGAGCAGAUUGGACCGUUUCCUCUUAACUGAGAAUUUGAUUUUGUUGUGGAAAGUUGAUUGUCAGGUGGUGGGCAAGAGAGAAAUUUCAGACCAUUGUCCGGUGUGGUUAAAAGUUGGAGGCAAAGAUUGGGGACCAAAACCUUUUAGGUUCAAUAAUGGUUGGUAUAAACACAGGGAGUUUGAUUCUUUUUUGAAGAAGGAGUGGGGCUUGUUAUCUGUCAGAGGCAGAGGAGAUUUUGUUCUUUACGAAAAAUUGAAAAAUCUCAAAUUGAAACUUAAGGAUUGGAAUAAGGAGAUUUAUGGCUGGAUUGAUUUGAGUAUUGAAGAAAAGAUUGAUGAACAACAUGAGUUGGAUCAAUUUCUGGCUGCAAAUACAGGGAGUAAUAUAGCUGAAGUCGUUGAGGCCGGAAGAUUAGUUGCUGAUGACAUUUGA